CUCUGUGUCAAGUAUGAUAAAGUUUGUUUUCAGUUGUGACAGAGAGGGGGUUAAUCUGGAAGGAGAAGAUCGGCGACGGAGUUAGAUUUACCAUUUGGGAUCAACAGCUUAACUCGCAUUUUCUUCUUUUGCAGGGAGAAAGACAGAUAUAGCUGAUGCAAAAUGGUUUUAGUAACACCAGUGCUGCUGCUGCUGUCUUGGAUGUCACUGCAAGCUGUCGCAGAGAUUUGCCGGGGUGCGCACUGCUACGGCGCGGAAACCGUCGAUCCAAGACCGUGCACAGGAGCGCACUGUCCGGGGAGCAGAUCCUCCAGACCGCCGCGGCAGUUCAACCCGACAACGCAGGGGAGAGCGGCGCAGAUCGUCGCCAGCCAGCACCAUGCAUAUCCGAGCUCUCCAAGAGCAGCAUCGGAAUCCUAUCCGGCUGCCCAGCCACUUCGCGGGCGGCACGGUGACAUCGGCGGCGGCGGCGCACGCAUAAGAGCGCCUGAACUUUUACUUGCAGGGUGCACGGAUGCGGACUGCGCCGCUCUUGUGAAACCAUUUCAGCCCACUAAUGACACCCGAGACUGUAGAGGCAUCGAGUGCAGGCUGCCACUGAGGAUACGGCCCAAAGCGCGAGCAAAGUCUUGUGUGGGAGAGGGAUGUCUGGCCGGUUCUGAGGACAGCGCCAGCCAGCCUUCUCCUGUCCAUCUGUCCGACAGAGCCGCACAGUUUCUGGGAGAUUUUCCGGAGCUUGGAUAUCCGUCGCCGGAACUUGGCAGCGCGCCUUUGGGUGUCCAGCUCACAUGUGACAUCAAGCCAGGGGAGAAUGAAGUUCCCUCAGAAGAUGCCCUCAUCUUGCACCUCCAGCUGGCCAAGGGGCAGGAGAAGCUGGUGGAGGCCCUGCGAGCCCAGCAGGUGGUCAUCAGAGACCUGCAGCAGAAGCUCGCCGACCAACAGGAGGCUCUACUUUCCCAGCAGAGGGAGAUCCUGGAGCAGCAGCGGCGCAUGUACGAGCAGAUGGAUGUGGUGAAGGCCCAGUACGGUCUCCUCUCAGACACCGUCAAACAGGUUUCCUUCCAGGGCCUGCAGGGUGAGCUGCAGAGCUACUUUGAGAACCACCUGGCAGGUCUGCAGAGCCAGGCCCGCAGCCACCUGCAGAAGUCCUACGCUGUCCACAAAAUGAACAUAGACUCCAAGGCGAUGGAUGUAGUUGGAGAGGCUCAUUUUCCCCAGCCUCUACUGGGAUGCCCUUCACCCUGUGGGCAGGAGGAGUUCUGUGAUUUUCAGAGGGACCCACCGCAGUGUCAGAAGUGCACCAUGUGUCCACCGGGUUUCUUUCUGAUCUCACAGUGUUCUCCUACUGCAGACAGGAUGUGCCAGGACAGAGAUGAAUGCCUUGAAUUACCAAGCAUUUGUGGAGAGCGAGUGAAAUGCCUUAAUACUCCCGGGGGUUUCAGGUGUCUGGGCGUUCCUGAGAGGGAAGCAGUGAUGGGCUUGUGCGGUCAUGACUACUUCUAUAACCAGGAGCUGCAGGAGUGCCAGGCCUGCUCUGACUGUGAUGGAGAGCCUCUUGCUGUUUCAUGCACAACUAUCAGUGACUCUGUCUGCGGCCAGCCUUCAGAGAGCCGACUCUCCCAGUCUUGGGGGGCCAAAGUGGCAGUUCCCUCUGCCCGGGCCUCUGGCACUCACAUCUUCCCCGGACUUCAACUAAACAUCAGAGGCAAAGAGAGCACUGAUCUGUUGUCCAACGAGGCAGGGCAGUUGACAUUCCUGCAGCAUGGCCUGGUGUGGUUGGAUCAUAACUUUGCGAUUAAGCACAGCUGCAGGAACUUCCUUCAGGUGGGAAUGAGGCUCAAUAGCAGCCAGGAGGAGGAGGGUCAGGACCUCAGUGGUGUUCGCAUCGAACAGCCGGAUGGGAAGUACUUUCAGGGUGUCACCGUCAGCAGCGGAGUCGAGGUGGAGCCUAACCACACCUUCACUCUGCUGCUGAAGAGUCCGAAUCAACACUGCAACCAGAGCAAGGAUCUUCACGUCUAUGAUAUCACUACUCCCUCUUUCAGCCUGCUGUGGUUGUCGCAUGAUACCGGGGCCGUAGCUAUGACAGCUCAGAUGUCCCUGUUGACCCACUACCAGACCAACUAUCGCCCAACUUUCCGCGUGACCUCAGUGUCUGACCCGUAUAUGAUAAUUCUAACCCAUGACAACCGCGGUGUGCGCUUCACGGAAAGCGGUGUUGUGAAGUUCGUCCUCCAACAGGCGCUUUACUCUAUGGGCCACACCUGCAUUCGAGAGGGUUUCUCACUGAUCGCCUACACUAACCACAAUGGGAGUGGCCAGGAGGCGAUGCAAACCUUCAAGACGGGCGUCAACUACAGGGACACCUCCAUCACCCUCUCUGGUGCUGUGAGCGUUGACAGCGGGGACACGCUUAGCUUUGAGAUCACAUCUCCGUCCCAGUGCAACAUCCGCUACUUUGGGGACAGCACAGGGAUCAGUAUGCUGAGCCUUAUCUGGAUUCCUUCAGCAGUGUCGUCAACUCUGACUGCUACUGUGUCCAGGACUGGUCUGCCCUUUGGUGCAGUCAGGAAUAAGCCUCUAUUAUUCCAGCAGAUCAGUCCGGACACGAUGCAGGUUCAUUUGGCCCGCUCAGGGGAGCCGAACAGCCGGAAGAACUUCAUAUUCCAUGAGAAAGGGACAGCAAACAUAGCCCUUAACCUGAAGCUGAUACACUCUUGCAAUAUUGUAAAACUCACAUUGCAGCGGGUGAUGGUUCAGGGCGGGCAGGCGGGUCCUGUUGCUCAGCAGGUUUCUGGAUAUAUGCCUGAAGGGAGUGAGUGGGCCAGUAUUGGGCUGAGGGCCUCAUUUCAGGUCCAUAAUGGUACAGCUAUCUAUGUUACUCUGGACUGUAUCCGUGGACGAGUUAACCAGAUUACACAUGAGGGCGGCACUAACAUUUCAAUCCUCUGGGUUUCAGUGUGAUCCAAGAAUGUAUGAAGCCUUUGUCAUUAAUAAGCCUAAUGAACGACUUUGAAUUGCAGAGCAGAUUCAAAAAUUUACCAAAUUAAGGAAAAAUACUGGUUGAUAAAAGACUUUAUUCAUCUGUUACACAUAUUUUGUCAUAAUAUUGUUUUAAACACAUCACCUGUUUAGACUGUUUGUCUAAAUUAUAUAAUCUAUUGUGAAUUCUAUUUUGGGUAUGAUUUACAAGUACUGUUUUUGCUUGAAGUACUUCGGCUGGUUGAGCAGUGACCAAUUCUUCGUAUGUGUGUGUGUGUGUGUUUGUACAUUAUGAGUGUGUGCACAUACAGGUGCAGUGGUGCUUUUAUGUAUGUAUGAGUGUGUAUGUGUAUAUGUGUGUACACACCCCAGCAUGCCUACUUUUGCAUAUGUGUGUGAGAUGUAACUAUAUCCUUGCGUUCCUGCACAUAUUUAACUUGCGUAUUGUAUGUAACAAACCUUUAUGUAUUAUAUGGUUAGGCAUUUGAAACAAUGGUUUGACAUAUUUGGAGAUGAGCUUUCCCACUUUCUAGAGGAGAGUUAAAUGAGAAGAUUGAUACCACUCUCAGCAGCCAGUUAGCUUAGCUUAGCUCAAAGACCUGAAACAAAGAAAAAGCUAGCCUGGCUUUGUCCAAAGGUAACAAAGUCCGCCUACCAGCACCGUUAAUGUUCACUAAUUAACAAGUUUUAUCUCGCUUGUUUAAGCCAUACAAAUCUGCAGUGUAAUGGGGGAUUAUGUGCCAGUUAGUUCCUGAAGUCUACGUUGACUGCCUGGCAAACGCUCAGAGCAAAGAAAUAACAGCUCCUGUUAUCCUGUUUUGUUUUCAAAUCAUUUUCUGUUGGAAUUAAACAAAAGAGGUGCAAAAAGUGAGGUGCAGUCGUCGGAUUUUCGAACCUUUGGAUAGAGCCAGGCUAGCUGUUUCUCCCAGCUUCCAGUCUUAAUGCUAAGAUAAGUUAACCGGCUGCUCUUGGUAGUGUCAUAUUUACCAUAUUGAUAUGAGAGUGGUAGCAAUCAUUUCUCAGAAUGUCAAACUAUUUCUUUAAUGCUCUGAAAAGCAUUAAAGAAACACAAAUGCUAUGUAGUAAACUUUCAAUUAGCAGGAGUUUGAUUUGAUGAUGUUUUUGAUGAUAUUUAUUUGCCUUUUAUAAAACAGGACUUUUGUAUUUCCACUAUUGAAUGCAUAGAUUUGUCAGAUAUGAUAAAGUACUUUGUAGGUAGUGUUGAUAUUCAAAUACAUGCAGUGAUCGCCUCUGUCAUAAGUUUAUUUGCUCACAUAUAGUUUAACAUAGUAUUACAGAAUGUGCAAACAUCAUACUUUGCUAUUCUGCUGCCUAAAUGCUGUUUCCCUGUGAAGAGUUGUUCAUGCAUAUCCUUCCUAAUUGCCUCUCUGUGUGUUCUGUCCUCUAAACAAUUAGGCAUAAUUAAGUGUUUCAGGGAGUUGGCAGCAAAGCCGCCACUGAAAUUCUUCAGCUUUAUUCUCAGUUCAUUAUGUUUAAUUUUUUUUCUACAGGUUUGGCUCCCUGCACAUAUCUUAUUGAAUGUCAAUGCAUGCAAACUUAUUCAUCACCAAAUAAAAUGUACAUCUAUUUUGCCAGAAAA